AUGAGGGUGAUACUGUUAGCUGUGAUUUACAUCCCCUUCACCGUGGCCAUGGAAAGAGUCCCUCUCACUCAAUUCAAAUCUAUCAGGACACAACUGAAGGAAAAGGGAGAAUUAGAGGAAUUUUGGAGGAAUCACCACCCUGACAUUUUUGCCCGGAGGUACCUGCAUUGCUUCCCUGCAGAUGUUGCUUUGUCCCUAGGAACUGCUUCAGAAAGGCUGUAUGAUUACAUGAAUGCGCAGUACUAUGGAGUUGUGAGCGUCGGCACGCCGCCCCAGAGAUUCACUGUCGUCUUUGACACCGGCUCCUCCAAUUUUUGGGUCCCUUCUGCUUAUUGCAUCAGCGAAGCGUGCAGGGUGCACGAGAAAUUUAAGUCCUUUAAGUCGGAUUCGUAUGAGCACAAAGGGGAAGCCUUCUCCUUGCAGUACGGCACGGGACAGCUUCUGGGCGUUUCUGGCAAAGACACGCUGCAGAUAAGUAACAUCUCCAUCAAGGGACAAGACUUUGGCGAGUCGGUGUUUGAGCCAGGACUAACCUUUGCCCUUGCCCACUUCGAUGGUGUGCUGGGCUUGGGCUACCCUUCCUUAGCAGUGGGGAACACUCUGCCUGUGUUUGACAGCAUCAUGAACCAGAAGCUGGUAGAGGAGCCAGUCUUCUCUUUCUACCUGAAACGAGGAGAUGACACUGAGAAUGGUGGUGAGCUGAUCCUGGGGGGAAUAGACCAUUCCCUCUACAAAGGUUCAAUCCGCUGGGUCCCAGUCACUGAGAAAAGCUACUGGCAGAUACGUCUGAACAACAUAAAGAUCCAGGGCCGGGUGACAUUUUGCUCCCAUGGCUGUGAAGCCAUCGUUGACUCAGGCACUUCUCUUAUCACUGGCCCCUCUUCACAAAUCAGGCGCUUACAGCAGUAUAUUGGGGCAAGUCCGGCACGGAGUGGAGAGUUUCUUGUAGACUGCAGAAGACUGUCCAGCUUGCCUCACAUAAGCUUCACGAUCGGACACCACGAGUACAAGCUGACAGCAGAGCAAUACAUUGUAAAGGAGUCUAUUGAAGACCAAACCUUCUGCAUGAGCGGCUUUCAGUCUCUCGACAUCACCACACGCAGCGGCCCGCUCUGGAUUUUGGGAGAUGUCUUCAUGUCUACUUUUUACUGCAUUUUUGACCGUGGGAAUGACAGAGUGGGAUUUGCAAAAGCUGUUCAUAGGAAGGAUUAA